AAAAAAAAAACAAAAAAAAAACAAAACAAAAAAAAAAAAACAAACAAAAAAAACAAAAAACAAAGAAACCCAAGAAACAUUUGCAUUUUAGUCAAAGAAGAUGUGGCUCGCUUCAAUAUUUUAGAAGAAAGGUUCAUCCUCUACGAGGAAAAUGAACAGAAACUGUUGGUGGACCGACCAAUCGAGAGACAUAUUGACAGACAGACGGACAGCAGCAAAGCAAUAUAUGCCCUCCCUUCUUCGAAUAUAUCGUCAAAAUUUGCACAAAUGGAGUUAAAAUGAAGUAUGUAAAAUAUCGUUGAUACCACCAUCUUAAUACACAAUAUACAACCUUUUUACAAUUUCAAAAUACCGGAACACUCAAAUGUACUCUUAAUUUGUAAUCUUACAAUUAUGUACAUGUUGCAAAGCUAGAUUUUAUUACUUAUCACACAUUUUAGUACUUUGAGCAAAUUCUCUUAGCUAUAUGUAGCAAGAAAUAAAACGACCGAGGCAAGAAAAAUGAUUACCAAUUUUUGUUUAUUAAAUCUAAGAAUCGUGUGAAUUGUUUCCCUCUGAUUAUUUAUCGACACUUCUGCACUGCAAUCAGCGGAAGACAGCGAAGUGAAUUUUGCUCUUCGGUAGUCUUAUCGACUCAGGAUCCGGGACUUGAAUUAGGAUGAUAUAGAAUUAGCUUCCAGGGAUUGAUUGUUGAUCAGUUUCAUUAGUGUAGAUGCACAAUCAGGGAAGUUUGUUGAAAUCUCUGGUUGUCUGAAGCAGUGAAAGGCAUGUUUGUUGCAACAGACGAUCGAUUUUGGCUCUGGCGGGAAGAGAAGUCUGCAUUGUGUACUGUUAUCGCCUCACUAGCUAUGUUUAAUGUAUGGACGACUGAACGUAAGCAACCUCUGGGCACCUGUUGAUACAAUGAAGUCAGAAGAUGGAUAAACAUGUUGAUGUCAAUGUUUUCAAUCCUCCCUCGGCCAACGCUUGAAUUCACUAUCGCAUUCAAACAUGGAGACGAAGAAAACAGCUGUUAUAAGGCAUAUAGGAAAAAGAGGGCGUGGCAAGGGGCAGUUCAUGAGCCCAUGUGGAGUAGCUGUCACUCUCACAGGUGAUAUUGCUGUUGUGGAUACAGAAAACCAUCGAAUUCAAAUCUUUAAUGAAAACGGUAGCUUUAAAUCAAAAUUCGGAUCCAAGGGGUGUAAAGUGGACCAAUUUAACUACCCCCUGGACAUAGCAGUCACAACUCAGAACCGACUGGUGGUGACGGACAGUGUCAAUGCCUGUGUUAAGGUGUUCACCAUUGACGGCCAACUAGUACAAAUGUGCGGGGGAGAUUUUGAUUUUCCUUAUGGAGUAGCAGUGUCAUACGACGGAUAUUUCAUAGUUACAGAUAUAUUUAAACACUCUGUCAUAAUACUCGACCCUGAAGGGAGUCCCCAUCACUCAUUUGGAGGAUUCGGGUCAGGGGUCAAGCAGUUUGAUCACCCGUAUUUUGUAGCAGUCGAUCAAAGCAAACAAAUCAUUGUGACCGACUCUGGAAACAGUAGCAUUAAACUUUUCCACUUUGACGGUAAGCUUUUACGAAUGUUUUCACAGAACGAUUUUAAACUAAUCAAUGAAACAUUUUUAAAUCUGCAAGGACUGUGUCUAGACGGUGAUGGGAACACAAUUGUGAUAUGCAACAGUAAUAUAUAUAUUCUGAUUAAAAACGGACGACUUUGGGAAAUUCUAACGACAGAGGACGGGGUGUUUUCUCCUAAGUCGUUGUCCUAUUCUCCAUCGGGAUAUUUAGUUGUGACGCAGUACGACACUGGGAAACGUCACGAGCUGACAGUCUUCCGGUAUAGACAAGAGGAUUUCCGGUCGCUCAAUUCCGCGCAAUUCUAUGCAAUCUCCAUUUAGUGUUUCAAUAUUCAUUUUUUGUAAUACACGGUGUAUUAAUAUUGUGUGCUAGAUAUUUAUUCUAUACUGUACGAAAGUAAAGAAUUCAAUAAAUAUAGCUGAACAACUGGAAAUACCUUUUAAGUGCAUGUAUUCUUUACUAAAACAUCAACAUGAUCAAUAUCACAGUAAA